CAGAGAUCGAUCUCAUUUCGUUGAGGCCAGGGGAAUCUGCAAGAUUCUUUUCGCUUGGGCAGAUGGCAUGGUUUUCCUUUUUCCGUGUGGCCGCGCUGUCGUGGACAGGCUCACGAGCCACAGACGUGAGCAAGCUGCUGCGCCAUGAGCGCUCAGGAUGACCAUAGGUUUGGCGUGUGGUGUUCGUCAGCUCUUCCCCAUUCUGCUCUCCUUGGUCUUCUGUGGGGUUUGGCUUCUAUUGCAUCCCAGCCUUCCUGGCUGUGAGGGCGGUGCCGUUGCGCGCCCUCCACCGGACGACUGGCUCUCACCGGAGCAGGCAAAGGCACUGCAGACAGAGAACACGCAGUUGAGCCUUGAGCUAGAAAAGGACGCGGUUCCCUCGGGUUCCACAGUGUGCGAUGGAUCAGGAAACUGCCAGCUUAGAUCGUCCAACUGUGUGGAGCAGCUGGAUUCAACCACUGAGAUGCUGCCGUUGGAAUCGCACAACACUUGUGGAGCACCCUCGUCUUUGGUAGCCACGAGUGGCCGCGUCUACUGCGGCGACGUCUCCUUAGAGCUCGGACGGGCCCGCGACUUCGCCCACUGUCAACUCGCCUGCGCGAUGAACUCCAGUUGUGAGUUUUACAGCUACUGGAGUUCCGGCCGUCGGACCCGCCUUUGCCGGAUCACUUCGUCUUGCGAUCACAAGGUGAACGUGAAGGAGUUGAACGAGCAUGUACAGAUCUACCAACGUGUGGUGCCCGUGAGCAGCAAGAGGAGUUUGCUCCAGCUCUUGGGGAUGUAUGACAGUGGGACCAACUUGAUGCUGGCGACAAUCGUGAGCAACUUCCCGCUUUGCUGCCAGCAAGCCUACCGCCCGGACAUCAUGGAUCUUCAGAUCGAAGCCCAAGACCAUGGCCGUUGCCUUCAUUGGGCCACACCCGAGAAGCACGUGAACCCCUUGCAGAUGCUCGAUGCGCUAAAAGGCCAGAAGAUGAAACAUUGGGAUCCGAAGCUCGUGGACUUUCAGCAGAAGCACCAGAUUGCCAUUGUGGCUUUGGUGAGAGAUCCCCUGGCACAGCUGCAAAGCUGGAAGAAGGCGCCUUAUGGCCUGGAGCGGUGUGCCAAGCGGAAGCGUUGCGCCUUCCACAGCACCGCCACGGAUUGCAUCCCCACGACUGCUUGGAUCACCGAGCCCUGCACCUGGUGGGACCCCGCCCGACACCACAACGCAGGCAUCACCGGAGGGUCCUUUCCAUCGUUGCCGGCGAUCUGGAAUGGCUACACUUUGGGCUAUUGGAGGCUGCGAGCGGAGUCUGGCUACAAGCAGGUCUUGCUGGUGAAGUUUGAGGAGUUGGUCAUGGCCCCGGCUGCUGUGGUCAGCAGGAUCUCCGAAGCCAUGGACAUGCGGGUCCACAGUGAGGACGUGGCGGUGGCCGAGAGGGCGGCCAAGGCGCAUGGGAAGGCCAAGGACCGUAAUGCAGCCAUCAAGUCCUUGGAAUCACGAGACUUCGUGAAGAGCUACACCGCCAAGGAAUUGAAGGCCACGUGCAUCCGCUUGAAUUUCAGCCUGGCCUCGAGCGUGGGGUAUCGAUUGACGGAGUGUGAGGACUUCAAGGGCGAAGCGAAGUUGGAGGAGCCCUACUCGGACACUCAGGUCAUCGGCCUUGACUUGUUUUGGCCAUCAAUCAGGUUUUGGAAGAUCGCUCAGACAGCUGGGUACUGGAUAGGAUCAUGUAUCAUGUUUAUAUAUAUAUAAUUUUUUUUAAAAUAUCAAGGAAGUAUUCGGGGGGAUCCGGGGAUUCUUUUAUUUUGAGAUGGAUGUUUGCUUGUGGUCACGAUUUGUUGGCCCUGCCACUAGCGAAGGGCGUGUGCAGGCGCCCGGGGCCGUUUCAAUGGGUGAUGUUUGCCGGCAGCGCCCGGGGUAGCUGAGGCAGUAGCUGAGGCAAAACAAGACAUUACCUUGCCGGAGGAGAAGAAAGCUCAGCUGCUUCGCUUUCAGAGUCGACGGGCCAAGAGGUUCCCAUCGAAGGUGUUGAAGCCGCGGAGGCGGCCGACGAGGUGACCUAGGCUGGGGGAUCAGCAGGUCCGUGGUUCUGGCUGGAACUCACAUGUGUCCAUGGAUGGCACCCAUUAGCACCCCCCUGGCACCGUACCUUAGACGAACAGGGACACAGUUCUCCCAAUCCACACAGACACAUCUCCAACUCCUAUUUUUGGACUCUCAAUGUUGUUUUUACCGUGAGCAUGGAGCAUGGAGCAUCCAUUUCAGCCUCUCAGAAAACAGCUGCUAGAACCAUCCAACGAACCAUCCAAUCGAACCCCAGAUCCUCCGAGCUUCGACGAGCUUCACAUCGAAGGGGGGGCGGUCCGGGGCCUUCGACGUUUCGUCGCCUUUGAAGCAUGGAAAACCGUCGGACGAGGAGGUCCGGUCUGACCGGAAGAACGGCACAUCCGGAAGGGAAGGGGGCGGAAUUCACCAUCCACCAUCCAAGUAAACACAUGAUAUACAGUAUUCUUAUGGAUUUUUGAGCGCGUGUAGAAUUGAUGGAAGAUGGAAUUGGACAAUGGCUCCUUGGAAGACCACAAUGAUUCCAUGAGACUUCUGG